GGCGCGCAGAUAUAAAGGCGUGUGGGCGGUCUGCACUCUGCUUCCACGGGGUGCUGGCCACGAUGGAGGGCGGCCUGAAGCAGCCCGGCCAGGGGAAGGGGCCCAAAGAGGUGGGGGACAGCCAGGCCCUGGCCAAGCUACAGGAGCUGGCCUGGACGUGGUUCAUGGAGACCCAGGCGCCCCUCCUUCUGCACGACGGAGCCCUGCCCCCCUGGUUUCACGGAUUCGUCACCCGCAAGCAGACGGAGAAGCUGCUUGGGGACAAAGCUCUGGGCUCCUUCCUCAUCCGCCUCAGCGACCGGGCCACCAGCUACAUCUUGUCCUACAGGGGCGGUGACCGCUGUCGGCACUUUGUCAUCAACCAGCUCCCCGACCGGCGCUACCUGGUCUCGGGGGACACGUGCAGCCACGGCACGCUGGCCGAGCUGGUGCGCCAUUACCAGGAGGUCCAGUUUGAGCCUUUCGGGGAGACCCUGUCUGCUGCCUGCCCCCGGCCGGAGGACAGCGAUCUGUACGAUGCCAUCACCCCUGGCCUGGAAAACCCGCCUGCCACGGCGUCCGCCCCGGGGGGCCCAGUCGAGGCUGCCAGCCCCUGCCCCUGUCCAAAGCCACCCGUGUCCUUCCUCCACACAAAGAAGAACCUGGACGCGAGUUCCUGCAGCUUCUCUGAGGACGAAUGCAUGGCGGUCCCUGUCAGGGUGCCUCCCCUCCCUGACAGGAGCGCCCUCCUUCUGGCUGAGUCUUUCGGAAGCCCCAACGACAUCAUCUACUCAGACCUGAGGAAGAUGAACCAGGCACGGCCAGGCCUGGGCGCGGAGGUGUCCAGCAGGCACGGCCUGGGCCCAGUGGGCAGCCUGGCUUGCUCCCCAGGCAAGGGGCCCCCGAGGAGACGCUCGGAUGGAGGCCGGGACAGGCCUGACGGCCCAGGGCCCGCCCUCUCUGGGGUGAGCCCAGACCAGGGUCCUGUGGUGCCUCCCGCUUCCCGGGGCUACCUCUCGGCCCCCCUUUCUGAGGCCCUAGGAUCCUCUGCCGCCACCUGGAGCCAGGCGUCUCCAAAGCUGAGCCACAGGGCUCAGCCCUGCUCCCAGGACAGCCCGGCAGACGCCUACGAGCUCCUGCAGACGGCAGGUCCCCCACCAGAGCCCGGCGACGUGCCAGACCAAGAAGGCGGCACCUGGGCCCCGGCCCCAGUUUGCUGGGGCAGCUCAGCCGGGCCCCCGUAUCCUGGAACAGGCGCCCCGUCCAGCAAGCUGCCAGGAUCCACAGUCUACGGUUACGAGAGCCCCUCGGGGGCCCCGGGGCUCCCCGAGCCCAGAAACACCUAUGAACAAAUCCCAGCAGCCGGGAGCAAGGAGACCGGACGGACACACAAGCCCGACAAGCACCGGAGGAUCUUCUUCACGGACAAGAAGCCCAGAGCCUGAGGAGUGCCUGCCGGGGGGCCUCCUGGGGAGCCCGCGGCCCACCCCCGCCUCCCCAGUGCCCCCCACUGGCCCCAAGAGGGGUGGAGGCCCGGGAGGUGGGGGACUGGCCACAGGUAGGGUCGGCACCCCCCUCCCCAAGGUGAGCACCCUGAGGCCUGGUCUCGCUGACCGGCCCGCCCCUCCCCCCCACCCCACUGACCGCCACCGAGCACGCGGCCAGCCCGGCGCUAGGGCGGCCGUUCUGUCGGGCUGGGCAAGGCCACGCGGUUGUUCCUGAGACCCAAGCUGGUUCCCUCCUGUGGCCCCGUCAGCAGAAAGGGGCGGCCGGCCGGAGCCCUGGCCUGAGGCAACAGUUCUGACCCUGGAGGGCCGGGCUCCUGGGGACAGCCCCCCUUGGCCCUUCUCUGCCCCCCGCCCAUCCCAGCCGGAUCAUGCAGGCCGGGCAGCCCUGACCCAAGCCCUUCCUGGCGCGGACGGGAAAUUCCAGGCCCGGAGGGGAGCGGGAAGCUGCCUGACAUGACGCUGACAGCCUGCACACACAGCCCCGUAAAGCAGGCCGGGCCCGGCUGGCUGCGGGGCUCAGCCCGGGUGCACGCCUGGGCCACCCUCACCUGCCCUCUGCCUCCGGCCGGUCUUGGCCUCUCCGGCUAGUUCCAGACCUCUCCCCUGAGACCCAGACCCGACGGGUGGCCCGACCGGGCGAUCGGCUCUGGACGCAGGCGCUCCUGUCUCCUGCUCUCCCUGGGUCCCCGCCCACAGGGACCCUCUUGCCCACGUGUCCCCCUCGUGUAAGACUGAGCAGGCGGUGGAGGCAGAAAGCCGACUGACCGUCCCCAGAGGGAGUGCCGUGGCCCCCGCCAGUGUCCCCGAGCUGGCUCAGGCCACGCCUGUGGACUGUGGCGGCCUGUGCCGCUGAGAGGCCCCCUCCAGGGGCCUUGUAGGACAAGGGUACAGCCAGCAGCCCCAUUCAGACACAUGGUUAGCAAACGCUCCAUAAAUUGUCACUGGAACGACCACGGUCAUGAGGGCAAUGGACACGGUUGUCACCUUGGGGAUCUGGGGCACCAAUGUGUUUUCCUCCCAAAGGCACAAAGGUUGAAAUAAAAGUUCGUGCCCAAAGCCGGAGGGCAACACUUGA